AUGAUGGACGAUAAUAAUCCUAACAUGGAUGAUAUGGAAUACGAAGAUGAUGAACAAAUGGACUAUGAAGACAAUAACCAAUACGCUGGUAUUUCUAUGGAAGAUGAUCAACAAAACUUCAACUUUAACGAAGCUGAUGAACUGAAAGUACAAGAAGAUGUCUGGCCAGUCAUUACAGCCUUCUUUGAUCAAAAAGGAGGUCUCGUAAGACAGCAAUUGGACUCUUUUAACGUAUUUAUUCAACAAACUAUUCAAGAACUUGUCGAAGGUACAUCAGAAAUUAUGCUCUCCAGUAGUGCUUCAUACAAAGUUGGCCAAAAGAGAGACCAACAACAAAAUCAACCACAAUUCAAGUAUAAUAUCAAGUUUGGACAAAUCUAUUUAUCUAGACCAACAGUAGAUACCAAGUCUGAACAAAUUGAAGCUUACUCCUCCGUAUAUCCUAAUGAUGCUCGUCUGAGAAAUCUUACCUAUUCAAGUCCACUCUAUGUAGACAUUCACGAAAAGAAGAUUACUCUCAGGCCCGGAUCAACAGCAAACAUUUAUACAGCCCAAGUUGGUGAAGAAGAUACAGAUGACUUUAUUGUGCAAAGCAAAAUCCAUAAUCAAAUUCCACUCGGUUCUAUUCCUAUCAUGCUUCGUUCUGUCUAUUGUAUGUUGAGUGAAGUGCAGGAUGUUACCGAUGUUGGUGAAUGUCCAUUCGACUCUGGUGGUUACUUUAUUAUUAAUGGUGGUGAAAAAGUUAUUAUUGCUCAAGAACGUAUGGCCACUAACCAUGUAUAUGUUUUCAAAAAGGCAAUGAGUAAGUUCAGCUAUGUUGCUGAAAUCCGUUCUUCACAAGAAGGUGGCUACAGAGCACCAAGUGGAUUUUUCAUUAAAAUGGAACCUAAGCAAGGUAAUAAGAAGGGUGGUAUUGGUGGAUUAAUUCAUGCCACAAUUCCAUAUAUUAGACAAGAUAUCCCUAUUGUCAUUUUGUUCAGAGCUUUGAGUUGUCAAGCCGAUAAGGAAAUUAUCAAACAUAUUAUCUAUAAUUUGAACGAUGGUCAAAUGAUGGAACUUUUGCGUCCAUCUUUGGAAGAAGCUGUUGCUGUUCUUUCAAACACUGUAGCUUUGGAUUAUAUUGGUAAGAGAGGUAACACUCUUGGUGCCAGUCAAGAAAAACGUAUGAAUCAUGCUGAAGAAAUUUUACAAAAGGAAAUGCUUCCACACGUUGGUAUUGGUGACACUUCAUACGAUCGUAAAGCUUACUUUAUCGGAUACAUGGUCCAUCGUUUAUUAUUGGGUGCUCUAGGUAGAAGACCAUUAGAUGAUCGUGAUCACUAUGGUAACAAGCGUUUGGAAUUGGCUGGUGGUUUGUUGCAAGGUUUAUUCUUACAAUUAUUCAAGAAGGUUGUUAAGGAAAUGGAAUCAACAUUGAAAAAGUCAAUUUUGAAAUCAUCAGAAAUUGAUGUUGCUCCAGCUGUCAAUAAGAGAACUAUUACCAAGGGUCUCCAAUAUUCACUUGCCACAGGUAACUGGGGUGUCCAAGGUUCUAGAGAUAUUCGUGCUGGUGUUGCUCAAGUGUUGAAUCGUUUGACAUAUACUUCAACUUUAUCUCACUUGCGUAGAUUGAACACACCAAUUGAAAGAUCAGGUAAACAAGCUGCUCCUAGACAAUUGCACAACACUCAGUGGGGUGUUAUUUGUCCAGCUGAAACUCCAGAAGGUGGUGCUUGCGGUUUGGUCAAGAACUUGGCUUUAAUGUCUUAUAUUACUGUCGGUACUGACAAGACUCACAUUUCUAAAAUGUUGGACGAAUUGGGUAUUAACAAGUUGCACGAAUUGGACGAAUCUGAUUUGAACAAGUACACUAAAGUUUUCCUUAAUGGUAUGUGGAUGGGUGUUCACCACACCCCAGAUGAAUUGGUUAAACACUUGAGAGUCUUGAGAAGAACUGGUGCUGUCGAUAUGCAAGUCAGUAUUGUUCGUGAUGUUAGAGAAAGAGAAGUUAGAAUUUGGUGUGACAGUGGUCGUUGUGCUAGACCAUUAUUCAUUGUUGAUCGUGAUCAUGAUACAUUAUUCAUUAAGAAUCAACAUGUUCAAGCUCUUCGUGAAAAUACCAUGAACUGGGACAAUUUAUUAGAACAAGGUCUUGUUGAAUUGAUUGAUACUGAAGAAGAAGAAUCAAUCAUGAUUGCUAUGGACUUUAGAGAACUUGUAGAAAAGAGAUCAUCUGCCAAUGAAGGCAAAUCUAGGAAGGGUGGUAGUAGGCAACCAUAUACACACGCAGAAAUUCACCCUAGUAUGAUUCUUGGUAUUCUUGGUUCAAUUAUUCCAUUCCCUGAUCACAACCAAUCUCCUCGUAACACUUACCAAUCUGCGAUGGGUAAGCAGGCUAUGGGUGUCUAUAUUACAAACUUCCAACAACGUAUGGAUACUCUUGCCCACGUUUUGUACUAUCCUCAAAGACCUCUUGUUACAACUCAACCUAUGGAAUAUUUACGUUUUGGUGAACUUCCUGCUGGUCAAAAUGCUGUUGUCGCCAUUGCUUGUUACUCUGGUUACAACCAAGAAGACUCUGUCAUUAUGAACCAAAGUGCCAUUGAUCGUGGUUUGUUCCGUUCUGUAUUUUAUCGUACCUACAGUGAUCACGAAAGAAAGAAGGGUAACUUUUUAUUGGAAAACUUUGAAAAACCAAAACGUGAUACUACAGCUGGUAUGAAGACAAGUACCUAUGAAAAGCUUGAAGAUGAUGGUAUUAUUGCUCCUGGUGUUAGAGUAUCUGGAUCUGAUAUCAUUAUUGGUAAGACUGUUCCACUCCCAGAAGAAUCAGCUAAGCAAAAGACAAGUCGUCAAACCAGACUUGAUAUGAGUACUCCUUUGAGAAGUAAUGAAAACGGUAUUGUUGAUACAGUUGUUGUUACAACAGAUUCUGAAGGUUUCAAAUUUGUCAAGAUUAAGGUUAGAGUUGUCAGAAUUCCUCAAAUUGGUGACAAGUUCUCAUCUCGUCACGGUCAAAAGGGUACUUGCGGUAUUACAUAUAGACAAGAAGAUUUACCAUUCACUCGUGAAGGUAUUGUUCCAGAUAUUAUUGUCAACCCACACGCUAUUCCAUCUCGUAUGACAGUCGGUCAGUUGAUUGAAUGUUUAUUGGGUAAGAUCAGUUCCUUGUCUGGUAACGAAGGUGAUGCUACACCAUUCACUGAUGCAAACGUUAACUAUUUCUCUGAAAUGUUGCACUCAUUGGGUUAUCAAAAACGUGCCAAUGAAGUCAUGUUCAAUGGUCACACUGGUAGAAAAUUGGAAGCUCAAAUCUUUAUUGGUCCAACUUAUUACCAACGUUUGAAGCACAUGGUCGACGAUAAGAUUCACUCUCGUGCAAGAGGUCCAUUACAAAACUUGACAAGACAACCUGUAGAAGGUCGUGCUAGAGAUGGUGGUUUGCGUUUCGGUGAAAUGGAACGUGAUUGUAUGAUUUCCCAUGGUUCUGCUGCUUGGCUUAAAGAACGUUUGUUCCAAGUUUCUGACGAAUACCGAGUUCACAUUUGUAAUGUUUGUGGUAUGAUGGCAACUGCUAAUAUCAAACAACAACAAUUCAAGUGUGAUGCCUGUGAUAACAAGACUAGUUUCUCUCAAGUUUUCAUUCCAUAUGCUUUCAAGUUGAUGAUUCAAGAACUUAUGGCUAUGAACUUGGCUGUUAGAAUUAUUACUGCUACUGAAUAAAUAUUUAAUUUAUUCUAUUGUUAAA